CAUGAAAAACAAAAUGUCGUCAUCUUGCAGAACCAUGCAGUGUUCCUCUGGGGAUAGCUGCCCAGAAUGGACAUACUGAGACAGUUCAGAGACUGUUGGAGGCAGGAGCCAACGUCAACCGCCAGAACAAGAGUGGUCAGACUCCAGUCUGGUCUGCCUCCUGGAAUGGUCAUACAGCUGUAGUUCAACUGCUGAUAGAGAAUGGAGCUGACAUCAGUAUCUGUGAUAAGGCAAAGUUUCAUAUGAGACAAAGAUAUAGGGAUGGUCAAGAGGGACACUCUGAUGUAGUGGACAUUCUGCUAGAGGCUGGUGCUGAUGUCCACCAGGCCACCACCGAGGAUGGUGAUGUUCCUCUGGGGAUAGCUGCCCAGAAUGGACACACUGAGACAGUUCAGAGACUGUUGGAGGCAGGAGCCAACGUCAACCACCAGAACAAGAGUGGUGCGACUCCAGUCUGCUAUGCCUCCGGGAAUGGUCAUACAGCUGUAGUUCAACUGCUGAUAGAGAAUGGAGCUGACAUCAGUGUCUGUAAUAAGAAUGGUGCCAGUCCACUCUAUAUGGCCAGUCAAGAAGGACACUCUGAUGUAGUGGACAUUCUGCUAGAGGCUGGUGCUGAUGUCCACCAGGCCACCACCAAGGAUGGUGAUGUUCCUCUGGGGAUAGCUGCCCAGGAGGGACAUACUGAGACAGUUCGGAGACUGUUGGAGGCAGGAGCCAAUGUCAACCACCAGAACAAGAGUGGAGGCACAGCCUUGCUCGUUGCAGGAUGGAAAGGUCACUCAGAGGUGGUGAAACUACUGCUAGGAGCUGGGGCCAGAGACAUUCCUAAUAAGUUAGACCACAGAGACACUAUGAUGAGUGUCCUCAUGAACCACAGGGUGUACAUAGACACAAGUGUGUGUCAAACCUAUUCUAGGACUUUUUUCAAAGGAAAGAGAUCUAUCCCAGGAUGGAGACACUGCUCUGAGUAUGGCCAGAGCCUACAACCACAAUGAUGUGGUACAGUAUCUACUGCAGCACCAGCCAAAGUGAAAAGUAGACAUUCUAGCACUGUUACAAGCACAUAGUUAUUACACUGCAUAUGUUUUACAUAAAAAAAUUGACUCUCUGCUUAAAAUACUAUGUAUGUAGAUGCAA